AUCAUUCUGGCGAUACACGAUGUAUUACUUGAAUCCGUGCAUGUACGUCGUGAAUAGCUUGUUGACUUUUGAGAUGUUCGAUAUCAAGGUGGUAUGUGUAGAAGCAGAGUACGCCGUGUUCGACACCCCUGGAAAUCAAAGCUGCGCCCAUCUCUCACGUUAUAUGUCUAGCGAGGGAUCGCGCACAUUUCUUAAAACUUAGAAGCCAUAGAGGGUUGCAGAGUAUGCCAGUAUCGAUAUGGCAGCGACUAACUUGCCACUCUCAAUAUUACCGACUACUACAAUGGUUGGCAUGACGUUG